GACUAUGCGCAUGAUUAGAAUAAAAGCAAAACUCAUGACAAGUGCAGAAAAUUAAACUAUUUCAACUGCAUGUAUAUAUAGAGAGACGGGCUCUGGGAAAGAGGAAAAUAAAAGAGCUUUGGAGAGCAGUGGCUUUUGGGAAGCAGAAGGCAUGGUAAAGGAGAAGGCUACGGAAGAAACCAUGGUAGAUGCGGACAAGGAAAUAUCAGAAGAACCCUUGGGGGCUACUACUCACUUUGUGCUGGUCCAUGGCAUAAGUCACGGGGCAUGGUGUUGGUACAAAAUCCGGUGUCUCAUGGAGAGUUCCGGCUACAAAGUUUCGUGUGUCGAUCUGAAGAGCGCCGGCGUCGAUCAAUCCGAUGCAAAUUCAGUCCUUUCUUUUGAUGAUUACAACAAGCCACUCCUGGACUUGCUGUCUGCUCUCCCUGAGAAUGAAAAGGUAAUUCUGGUGGGACACAGUGCUGGAGGGCUGAAUGUAACUCAGGCCACUCUCAAGUUCCCAAAGAAAAUUCUCUUAGCAGUCUAUGUUGCAGCCACAAUGCUCAAACUUGGGUUCUCCAGUGAUCAAGAUUUUAAAGAUGGGGUGCCAGAUUUAUCUGAGUUUGGUGAUGUGUAUGAGUUAGGGUUUGGAUUGGGAUCUGAUAAACCUCCAACAAGCGCCAUUGUCAAGAAAGAAUUCCAACGCAAAAUCUCAUACCAAUUGAGUCCUCAAGAGGAUUCGACGCUAGCUGCUAUGCUUUUGAGGCCAGGACCGCUCUUGGCAAUAACGUCAGCCCGUUUCGCAGAGGACAGCGUCGUUGACAAAGUGCCGCGAGUUUACUUUAGAACGCUGCAUGACCAUGUCGUAAAACCAGGGCAACAAGAAGCGAUGGUAAAGAGGUGGCCACCGUCGGAGGUCUAUGUUUUGGAUAGUGAUCACAGCCCCAUGUUCUCCACCCCAUUUUUGCUGUUUGGCUUCCUUGUAAAAGCAGCGGCUUCUUUUGGUGGACUUAAAUAGUAGCUAGGACUAGGAGCCUGGAUUUUUCAUAUUUAAUUGGCUUUUUUUUUCUUUUUUUUUUUUAAAUAACAUUGGGGAAUAAGAAGAUUUAAAUUUCACCAAUUGGAUGUGUGGGAACAUAGUUGUAAUAAAAUGAUUGUGCAUGGUAAACAUGAAUUUAUGUUUUUUAUUUUGGGUACAAUUAGUAUAUGAAUUGUUUGGUUACGUC